AUCAGUCAUCCAAAUGCAAAAUUGGAUUCAUGGAGCAAUUGAACAAUGUGACAGAAUUCAUCCUCUUCGGCCUGACACAGAACGCAGAUGUGCAGAAACUAUUGUUUGUUGUAUUUACACUCAUCUACUUUCUCACCCUGGCAGGCAACCUACUCAUUGUAGUGACCAUUGCUACCAGCCCAGCCCUGCACUCCCCCAUGUAUUUUUUUCUGUCUUUCUUGUCCUUCCUAGACAGCACCUUCUCUUCUAUCACAGCCCCCAAAAUGAUGUUUGACCUUCUCAUUGAGAAGAAAACAAUCUCCUUCAGUGGGUGCAUGACUCAGCUCUUUGCAGAGCAUGUCAUUGGUGGAGUUGAGAUCCUCCUGCUCACAGUGAUGGCCUAUGACCGCUACGUGGCCAUCUGCAGUCCCCUGCACUACAGGAUCACAAUGAACCGGAGGGUGUGUAGUCUCCUGGUGGCCAUGUCUUGGGCUGGGGGAUUUCUUCAUGCUGUGAUUCAAAUCUGUUUUAUGGGAUGGUUAGCCUUCUGUGGCCCCAAUGUCAUUGACCAUUUCUUCUGUGAUUUUUACCCUCUGCUAAAACUCUCCUGCACUGAUACUCACAUCCUAGGACUGUUUGUUACUGUCAAUAGUGGGUUCAAGUGUAUGCUCAGUUUUUCCAUUCUUAUUACAUCCUAUGUCUUCAUCCUUUGCUCCCUCAGAACUCACAGCUCUAAAGGAUGGCGAAAAGCUCUCUCUACCUGUGCCUCACAUAUUACUGUGGUUGUCUUAUUUUUUGUACCCUGUAUAUUUAUAUGCCUUCGACCCAUGAGCACCUUUCCCAUUGACAAAGUAGUGGCUGUAUUUUAUACUAUGAUAACACCUAUGCUAAACCCUUUAAUCUAUACCCUCAGAAAUGCUGAGGUGAGAAAUGCAAUGAGGAAGCUCUGGAGCCAAAAAUUGAUCUUGGGUAACAAUUCAGGUAAAUAG